UCUCUCUUUUCACUUUUUACCAUUGUUUCCACAAAAUGGCAGCAGCUUCACCAGUUGAAUCCGUACCCCCCGCUCCAAUCGCCUCUAUCGGAACAGGCAUUGCAAACUUGCCAAACCAACGCCAUAAAAUUGUCGCAAAGAAUGGUGCCAACUUCACUUUGAUGGUUUGCGGUGAAUCUGGUCUUGGAAAGACAACCUUUGUCAAUACAUUGUUUACAACUGCUAUCAAGGAUCAAAAGAAUUUGAAUAGAAGAAAGGUCAAGCAGCCUGCCAAGACUGUGCAGGUCCAAAUCACGAAGGCUGAGCUGGAAGAGAAGAUGUUCAAGGUCAAGCUGACCGUUAUUGAUACACCGGGAUUCGGUGACUAUGUCAAUAACAGACAUGCCUGGAUACCAAUCGUAGAUUUCAUUGACGAUCAGCAUGAGAAGUACAUGCGCCAAGAACAACAACCAAGCAGAAAGGGCAUAGUCGAUAUGAGAGUUCAUGCUUGUCUCUACUUUAUCAAGCCCACUGGUCACAGUUUGAACCCUCUUGAUGUUGAAGUCAUGAAGAGACUUGGAUCUCGCGUAAACUUGAUCCCUGUCAUUGCCAAGGCUGAUACCUUGACACCAGCCGAUCUUGCCAAGUUCAAGGAAAGCAUCAGAGAUGUAAUUGCCGCUCAAAAUAUUCGCGUAUACUCUUGCCCAAUUGAAAGUGAUGAUGAAGCCAGCACAAAGCGUAACCACAAUAUAAUGAAUGCCAUGCCUUUCUCUGUCAUUGGCUCCACCCAAGACGUCACCACUUCUGAUGGUCGCUCUGUAAAGGGCAGAGAAUAUUCAUGGGGUGUUGCAGAAGUUGAAAACGAAGAGCACUGCGAUUUCAAAAAGCUACGCAGCCUACUUGUUCGUACCCACAUGCUCGACUUGAUUUCAACCACUGAGGAAGUCCACUAUGAGAACUACAGACAAUCUCAGAUGGAAACCAGAAAGUUCGGCGACCCUAGAAGCCAACCUUCUGAAAACCCCAAGUUCAAGGAAGAGGAGGAAGUCCUGCGCAAGAAGUUUACAGAACAAGUCAAGGCUGAGGAACAAAGAUUCCGUAUGUGGGAACAACAGCUAUUGGCUGAGCGUGAUCGUUUGCACAAGGAAUUGGAAUCCCAAAAUGACAAGAUUAAAGAGCUUCAAGGCGAACUAGAUGCUUACUACUACUCUCAACGAGACUCUCCCAAGAGCAUUAGAAAAUGAAGAACAAGUAGCAAUCCAAUAUUCACAAGUAAUCCCCAAUAAUAUUUUGCAGUUACUAUCUUCUAUAUCUACAGUUUGUGAUUGAGCACACCAGGGUUAAUAAGAACCUGGAAUAUGACGAUUAUUGAAAAUAUGGAUGAUUGAUGUUCAAAGCAUA